AUGAAUCGGUUUAGAACGAAGAAGCGGGCGAAGGACGACCUUGCCGCCGGCCGCUCGAGCGAAGAUUCGGAGCAAUCCUCGCUCUCCUUUUUCCGCAAGGGCAAGAAGUCGCAGCAAGAAGAAGUGAAGAAGGAAAUCGACUUGUCCAACGCCCUCCCCACCAAUGACGAUUUCCGCACGAGCUUAUUGAUGAACAACUUGUCCGCGCGGUUUUCCAUGUUGAGAGAGCAGGAUGACCCCAAUACCAAGAUCGGCAAGGCUAGUGACGACAGUGUUCUUUUUACAAAACGCCAGUCAAAAUUGGCCGACUUUGGCUUUGGCGCCGGCGCUGGAUUAUCCGACAUUGCCGAGGUCGAAUCUGUCAGGGGCCCCAAUCUCCUUCGCACAACUUCGGUGGCCUCUGACGAUCCGGAUUCUGCGAAUGGCGGGAGCGUCCUCACACGUUCCAGGCCAACAGAAGGCAACGUGCUCUUUGGCGGGAGGCAAAAAAUUUAUAAGAUACCGGCGGCCUCUGGAGGUGGAAUGAGCGGUCGAGCGGUUUAUGAGGAGGAUGUUGCCAUGUCGGCGUUCCAGCGUUGGAGGCAGACGGAGAGGGACCGAACAUUGGAUGGUCUGAACGGGACUCGAUCAGAUGAGGCCGAGGAAGAGCCGCACACUCGGUCUGAGUCCCCACCCCCAAUGAGUUACCGCCGCAAGCGCGAAACGACAUCGACCACCUCAUCCAACUCUGUCAUGGCUCGGAACUCCACGGCAGCCACGUCCGUCACUUCGCAAGCGGCCGGUGCCGCUAAGGACUCGCAACCGGCGCCGAGCGCGCCAUCCUCAAGCGUUACUUCAAACAUUCCGGAGCGCAGCGUUACUCGAACUCGCAGACUCUACGAACAGGGGUUCAAUCAAGACUCUGGCGAGCAACCAGGAUCAGUAUUGUCACGGAUCGAGGCUCUGACACGUCCGCGCCCGUUCGUCACGAGGGCGGCGGACAACAAAGCGUUCCAGUCCGAUGGUAUCCGGACGAUUCUGGCGAAAACGAGUGCCCCGAGCUUAAGGUCCUUGAGCCCGUCAGCCAGCUCCCGGCCGAUUGGCGCGUUGGAACUCGGUGCCAGGGCGCAAACCGACCCCAAGAACGACAAUCUCGGCGGCUUACCACCGUUGAGCCCACCCGUGAGCGAGACUGGCGAGCAGCCCGGCUUGCCUAUUCUCCCGAAGGAUGUGGGGGGCAUAUUCCAGAAGCCGUCGCAACCGUACGACGAGUCCCAGUACGUCCAGCGACAGCUCCAACUUCAGCAGGGCCGAGAAACCCCAACCCAGCGGCAUAGAGCGGAAGCGGAAUCGAACGGCAGGAACACCCCUGUUUCUGGAGACAACGACACAAAACUGCCCGCUAUCGGGGGCCGCCCGCCGGCGCCGAAUGCAGCUCUCCCUCCAACCCCCGUUGCCGAGACGGAAUCUUCGCAGUCGAAUGCGCUCAACCCACCAGGGCUCACCCUGCCAGUGGAGUCUCACAUCGAGCGUCCCUCUGAUAAAGACCACCCGGCGUUCAGGCAAUCUGCGCUACCCAUCCCCCCCGCUAUGGGUGCCAAAUCUAGCACAGAAUCCUCGUCCACUUUGAAACCGGAGGUGCCAGUCAUUAAAUCCCAGAAGCCACCCGCACAAGACUCUCCCACGCUUGGCCCGGCCUCAGGUCUGAGUGGUCUAGUUCGUCAACAUCUUCGCACAGAAAGCGUGGAAUCUUCGUUGGGUGAGACUGGGUUCGAUGCCACCAGCGCAGGAUUCCGUUAUAACGUUGACGCGAAGUCGCCUUCACUCAUGAGUGAAUCCGGCCCGGCGCUGAGCCCGUGGCCUUCUUCGGAUCAGGAUUGGCUUGGUUCACACUCUGGGAACGGCCCGACGGCGGUUCCCGAAGCGUCAGAGGGCGAGAGUCAGCCCAACCGCGAGACAUCAGACUCUGGGACGCUUGACCGAACCAGCACGGCGACGGAGGACGAGACGGACGGCUUCGCUAACCAACUCGCCAACGCUCGCCGCCGUGUGAGAGAGAAGUUGACGUCGUAUGUCGAGUCGGACAGCAGCAGGGCUACGUCUCCUCUGCUCGUCCCAACCGAUUUGCCCACACAAGCUCCGAACGGUCUCGGAAUCCUCAAGCCGAAGUCGAGUCGCGGUUCACUCAUGGACCGCUCACGUAACGCGGUAACGGGGCAAUCCAAGGGUCUCAAAAUACUAGGGCUCGGAGCCGCGACCAUGAGCACUUCACCGCAGCCCGGUAAACAAUCAUUUGAGGAAAAGGAGACAAGGGACGAUGAUAGCAAUACGCACCCGGGCUUGCGAGCCUUUAGACAAGCUAGGCGAGACCUGCAGAAACGGAAGGAGCUCGAAACGCUUGCCCGACACCAGGCUUCGCAAACGUCACAGUCACCGGAGGAAGCCCAGGAACAGCGUAGCGGCAUGCACUCGGCAGCCAGGGUCCCCCGACAGCGGACACCGAGCAGGGAGAGGAGGCCCCCUCCCGUCACUUAUAGACAACACCACCCUAGCGACGACCAAAGCUACAGCUCGCCAAAUGGAAUGAGGCCUUCGGGGGAGCGUUCAAGGAGUGGUUCAGAAACUAGUGCUGGUCGUUCCGGCAGCCGGCCUCCUCGCUUGCGAACCAAUACCAACAACGUACCACAUGACCAGCUUGGAGCUCCGAAUCCCGGGCGACCGAUGAUGCGCUCCCCCGGCUUGCCCGGGACCGACAUCAAAAACUCGCCCGUGAUGCCGCCGUAUCCGUACCCUAGCCGUGGAGCGCCUUCGCCCGCACACUCACCACACCCCGAUCGGCCACCACAUCCCGACCGGUCUAGGUCGGCCACGAACCUCGCCUUGCACACCGGACGCCCGGGUUUGGAUCCCCAUUCCGGUCAGCCGUCCCCCAUCUCGCCCAUGGGACUGCCCUCGCCAAGCCCUUACGCCGCAUCUCCGGUCGGGACUCCCACUUCGUUUGGUCCGCGCCCACGGCUCCAGUCGGCCUCGCAAUCACCAGCCUUAGGCCCUGCUAAUGGUGCCAUGCCCCACCCAAUGAGGCGGCCUGUCGACAAGAGGGAUAUCUCGGAGCCGACGUUCGUGACGUCAACCAGCCGAGUUCCGACAACAACCCUGCCCCAGCACGCAGCGCACUCGCAAUACCCUCCACCUCCGACUCAAGCUCCUCCCAUGAUCCCGGGCAGAGGCACAAGGUCUCGGUCGAACAGUCGUACAGCCGGCCCUGCGCCACCACUGCCCCCCAUCAACCCUCGCCGCAGACAAGAUUCUCGUCCACGAGCCCCCUACGAAGACACCGAGAUGGCGACGCCUCCGCUACCAUACGGUACACAGGGAGAUAACAACACAUCAAGCUUCGACAGCGGGGAUGAAGGCGGUGACAAGACGGACCAACGGCGGCGACUUCGGAAAGCACACCCGGACAUGCAGGGCCCCGGCUCCAAGCCUUUCUUUGGAAGGUCGAGGGAAAACAGCCCGCCGUUGAUGGCCAACGGGCCGUCGGCGGGCCGCUCCGGGGCGAAUCAGAGUGCCAACAACGGCAUGGCUGUCCCCGGUGGGAUGAUCUAA